GUUUCUUGUUUGUUUUUCUAUUCAUCAGCCAGCACGCAUAGAGGACAGCGCAUGAGAGUGAACUAAAAGGAAGCAUAAAAUCGCAUCUUCACGUUGAUGAAUCUCUCCAACACACAAACACACAUUCGCUGCAGCAUAUUCCUUGGCACCGUUUGUGAGGCAAUCGUGUUGCAGAACAUACAAUUGCAAACCCAGAUGUUGAACGAGAACAACACACGAAACAACCCCGCCAGGUGUGAAUGAGUGCGAAGGAGUGAAUAAAUAAUCUCACAACGAUCCGCACAAGUUUUAUGAUCACGAUCAGUUCAUCAGCAUCAUCGUCGGUGUACUGCCCGCUACGAAAGUUUAGAAGCAUACGAACGUUCCGUACCGUAAGUGGUCGGUGUGUGAAAAGAUUUCACCUCCCUCGUACCGUUGUUUGCAGAAGUCAGCAGACAUUUGCGCGGUGUGCAACUGCAAGAGUGUCGAUCGGAAGAAAAAAAAGGUGCAACGUGUCGUGCGUGCACACAUCAGCGCGAUCGUUUGUGGUGUUGGAAAAAGCAAAAGCAGGUCGCCUCAGACAACACAGCAAAGACAUCAUCAUUUGCACACGGCAGCAGACGGCAUUGGACCACCACGCAACAGCAGCAGCAGCAGCAGCAACAAUUGUUUCAUUUUAUCGGACCAAACUUAUCAGUUUGUUAUAUCGCGACGGGGUUUGAACACACCAGAACACCAGUAAACCGAUACGGGAAGCACCUUCUACCCGAUACCGUGGCAAACGAGAGAUUAACCUGAGUAGACGGUGUGCGUGUGUCUGUGCACGGACGUCGUGUCCUACCCGCCGAACAUACGCAUCGACGACAUUCGUCAUCCGUUUGCGGUGGUGUACGGUGGUAAGCAUUAAACCCAUCUCACGGGGUACAACAUUACGAUCAGUAAGUGAUUCGAGGCCAGUGCGAGCAGUCAGUCACUGUACGCGUACUGAAACAACCCCCCCAGCAGAAAAAAAACGCAGGGGUAGUAGUAUAUUCAGUCACCCCCACGAGUGUGAAGUGAAUCUACCGUCGUGAGUGCGUGUUUUGUUGCUUUUUUUCCAACCCUCCGUCGAGUGAGUGUUGUGUGUCACGGUGAAUCAACCCUAUUGCGUGCAUUGGGCUAUAGUGUACAGUAAACGAGGAAAUGAUAGUAGACAGCUGUCAGUGAUCACCACGGCAACCAGUGUAUCGUGGUAACAACGGCAACCAGCACGUUUGGAACGCAGCAUAAAAACGCGUGUCUACAAUCGCAACUAAGCCAGAUUAAUCAUUUCCGUGAAAUUGUUCAAGGGUCAACAUACAUUGCCUGCAGACGACCGUACAUACUGAACGAGUUCAACAAGUUUGCAAAUAUUUCGUGCACGGGAACCGCUCGAACCUCUGGAAUGAAAAAGUGAAAUUGCACGUUGUGCAUGCCCAGCAGCGCAUUUGCUGUUGGUGGUGUUGGUGGUGAAAACAAAAAAGGGCCCCGCAUACGCACCUCAAAACAUACACCACAUACACGCACACACUGACGGACAUACCCGCGAUCGUGCAGUUUAGCUGUGUAGCCGCAUAGCAAUAGUUGGUGUGGUAUCAAACGCGCGAAGCGCAACAAAACAGAGAAAAAAAGAAAACAGCAUCAAAACCUGUCUCGCGGCUGGGCCGGAAACCUUGGCACAGCACCGAAACACCCAUACAACCGUGGUGGAACGCAACGUCCACGGGCAUAAAGCGCGAUUCAUCAUUCAGCCCCCUCCCUACGUUUUCCGCUUACAAAAACCGUCCUAACGCGUCUUUAGACACUUAACCGCGGCCUCAGCAUGUUGAAGAACAAAGCUACCGAGGAAAAGGUUGACACACUGCUGUCGAAGAGUCAAAUACCGAUCAUCGAUCUCGCACACUGUGGUACGGAGGAAUGUCCAAUCCGGUCGGUAGUGAAUCGUGUCGGACAUCAGCUCCACAAAGCGCUCAGCGAAAAAGGCAUUGCAUUGCUGGUUAAUCAUGGCAUCUCGGAAGAUAAGAUGAAACAACUUUAUGGACAUUUGGACGAUUUUUGUAAACUUUCGGAUGACACGAAGGAAACCUACCAGCGCAAAGGUGAAACGAACCAUGGCUAUAUUAAACCGGGCCAGGAACGGUUCGAUGGUAAAUCGAAAGAUUUACGCCAUACGUUCAACAUCUGCACACUGAAGCCGGAGGGUGGGCCGCUGCCGGACGAACCACUGCCCGGCUUCCGGGAACAUGUGUCCGAUCUGGCGACCGAUUUCAAGCGCCUUUCGGCACUGCUGCUACAGGCACUCGCUGUCGGUAUGGAGCUACCGUACGGGUACUUUCUCGAGAAGCACCGUCACAUUCUCGAUGGCGAGGGUGAAAAUCAGUCCACAUUCCGGCUGCUCUACUAUCCGCCGCUAAUAGAAGACGAUGGCAAGAACGAGCUGUUGCGCGGUACGUGCAAGUACAGCCAGCAGCGCUGCACAAAGGACGAGAUCGAUCUGUCCCUGCCCGAAGACUACCGUGCGAAGAUGCGCGAACAGCAGGAACAGGAAGAGCAGGAACUGCAACAAGUGACCCGGUGUGGGGCACACUGCGAUUACGGCACGUUUACACUGUUAGCACAGGACUCGGAGGGUGGCCUGGAGGUGAAACUGCCCGGUACGGAUCGGUGGAAACGGGUCGGCCAUCUACCGGGUGCCAUCUUAAUCAAUGCCGGCGAGCUGCUGUCGACGUGGACGGGUGAAAAGAUCACUGCACUGCAGCACCGUGUGAUCAUUCCGCAGGAGGAAACGAUCCGUACCCGGGGCCGUCAUUCGUUGGCAUUUUUCGUCCAUCCUGACAACUGCAUCUCGAUUACACCGAUCGAUCUGCCUACCUCCAGCUCAUCAAAUUCACUCGAUUCGGAUGAGAAAAAAACCAAAGGACGAAAAAAAUCCUUCAAAACGGCCAAGUCUAAAAUCUACAAUGCGUACCAGCACGUGCAAAGACGCUUUAAGGAAACGUACGCAUCGUAGCGUAUUUUAUGAUUGUUUGCAGCAAACAGCAAACGAGUAGCUUAGAAACCGUCUACUUAAUACGGAUUCAUCGACCCGCAUACGACGGACAGCGAAAAAGCGUUCAUCGGGUGCUGUAUUUAUGAGACUUAGCCACAAUUUAUUCCACCAUUUCUUCUUCCAUCCUAAUUGGUGUACUCCGUUUUUUUUUUAACGAAUUAAUAUAAAACAACAUGAUACAAACCGUGUACGUGUUCCGCUCUUA